AUGGAAGAAUUUCGACAAACGUUGACGCGGUUCAAUGAGACACUCAAGAAGAAAAAGCUCUUCAGCAGUCUAGAGAUCCCCGUCAGGAAUCCUGCAGACUUCGACAUUGACUAUGUUCUCACAAUAGCAGAGAGGAUCAGUGAACGGACCAACAAGUCCGAUGAGAUGAAUACUUGUAGACACUUCGCCCGCCAAAUCUGUCACAAAGCAGUCAAAAAUAAGAACAUCCUGUAUGGUCUCAUUGGGUUGGCCCCAACCGACGCCUACGGAUCUUUGAUCUCAGGGGGAUUUACUAUCGCUCUAGCAGCCCUCGAAGCUCAUGAAAAUCUUCGCAUCGAAAUGGAACAAUCAUUGGCCCAAAUUCCGAAGGAAUUGAAGAGGAUCAGAAGAUUGAAUGACGUCUACAUUCAACGUGACGAGCUUCACAAGAAUGCUGACGACGUUCUGGUCUCGAUAUUUACAGUGUUGGAGCGCAUCAUCGAGAAAUUAUCACGCACGUGGAAAGAAAAUAUUUCUUUCAAAUUCAAGGACAACGGAGGCAGUGUUCAGGAUGCUCUGAAAUUGUUCUCUGACAGCAUUACGGAUUUCAAUAAUGAGGCCGAGGUGUGUGCUCAUCUAAGAAUGGGCAGACUUGAAGAGACAGGCCAGGCAAUCGAGUCUUCGAUCCAGAAAAUGUUCGACGGGCAAAACAUAGAUAUUGAGAGUCGUAGGGAUAUUGUCGGCGCCGUGAACCAAUUGUAUUCAUUCCUCGCCAGCAACCCGUCUUUCAACGCUGUUGAUAGCACUGAUGAUCGCAAUCGCAGCGCACAGCUCGUGGAUGAGUGGUUCAGGAGUCUUGAAGACUUCCAGCCGAGCUCGAAGGAUGACGUCAAAAAGUUUAUAGAGCAUUCCGGGACGCUGACGCUCAAAAAGCAAGACAAGGUCCAAUACAUCAUGGGUUGCCAGCAAUUCCAGGACUGGCUCGGCAAACCACAAUCCAGUGCCCUCUGCGUGCGUGCAGAGACAGCGCCCGGCGAUAUCGUCAACUUCGUCUCCGUCAGCACCGCAAUGCUAGCUUUGACCCUUGGCGGGGCUACGGGAUUCACCACUCUCUCUUUCUUCUGCAGCUUGCGGAAGAAAGAUCCUCCUAGGGAAGGGGACUCAGGCGCCCUGGGCAUUCUGAAGAGCCUCAAUGGGCAGGUCCUCCAAAUCAUGCUCGACAGGCAGGUGCUAAUUAAGCCAGCGCUUGACCAGAACGAUAACUUGUGGAGCAAGUCGACUGAAAGUUUCAAGCAAGACUUUUCAGGAAGCUGA